AUGGGCGAAAUUGAACGGCGCAGAUCAUUUGGAGUCGGAGGCGCUGGCAACAUUCGGACACGCGCAGAAGCGGAGCUACAUGAUUGGCCCCCUACCGACAACAAGGAGCGUCGCCGGAUUAGCCUGACUUCGAGUUCAAGUCAUCACGACGGGGAGCGCAGGUCGUCCAAGGUCUCCGAGACGAUCAAGAACAUCUUCAGGAGUCCGGGCACCAAGUCAGACUCUGAGACAACUGAGUGA